GUGCACACAGAUUGACAGACUUCUUCAAGCCCUGCCUGUAACCAUAGGAGACGCUACGUCAUCAGAGCGCGCCCUGGUUACAGAGGUGGCAGGCAGAUGCCUCUUCGAAACAACAGACUGUCGUCUACUACCGACCGGUUUCUCCUCUCACACUGCUAAAGAGCAGCUGUCGGGAUGCCGAAGAAAUUCGUGGGCGAGAACUCCAAGGCGGCCACAGCCAGAGCCCGCAAGGCCGAGGUCAAGGCAGUGGAAGAUGCCGUCAAGAAGAAACAGGAAGAGGAUGCUAUGUGGCAGGAAACAGACAAACAUGUUCUUAAAAAAGGGCAGAGAAAGGAUGACAAGGAGAAGAAGAGACUCGAGCUUCUAGAGAGGAAAAAGGAAACCCAACGACUUCUGGAUGAGGAGUGCUCUACCAUAAAAGGCAAAUCCCUCAGGGAGACUGGACCUGGAGGAAAAGUCACUCGUGCCCAGAUCGAGGAGGUGCUUCUGAACGAGUUAGCGCAACAGAAGGAGCAAGAGCUCAAGCCGAAAGAAAAGAGCCACCUUGACACUCCACUGGAGGAGAACGUGAACAGAAUUAUCCUUGAGGAAGGAACAGAGGAAGCCAGAACAGUAGAAGAUGCCAUCGCUGUGCUCAGCACCGGGCAGGAGGAAUUGGACCACCAUCCGGAGCGGAGGAUGAAAGCAGCGUUUGCUGCCUAUGAGGAGGCCAACAUGCCUCGCCUAAAACAGGAGAACCCCAACAUGAGGCUGUCACAGCUGAAGCAAAUGUUGAAGAAGGAGUGGAUGAAGUCGCCAGAGAACCCCCUCAACCAACGCUUUUCCGCCUACAACUCAAAGUGAAUGAACUGUUUCAGCCCGUAACUCCAUUUGAAAACUGUCUGCCUAUGCACAUAGGAGACUACCAUUGAAAAAUGUAAUAAUUUCAUUUGAAAAUGAGUGUUGCUGAUGAGAGCUUCACCACUUCCCACCCAGAAACAAUCUCUCCAAUGCCAGAUGACUCAGCUUGGUUGUUCCAUUCGCUAGCAAGGAGAAGCUCAUUUUCCCCAAUCAAGGUCACAAGUGAUCACCAUGCCUGUGCAUGUGGCCUCUAAUGUGGCACUUCAAUAUCUAAUACAUUUAACCACAAUUGUUUUUCUAGCACUUCUGGGAGGUGAGAAGCCAUAUGUUCUGAGAGUAACUUAUUAAAGUUCAUCACUCGCUCAUCAA